GCCACGGAGUCUUCAGAGCGCAAAGGAGUGCCAAAGCUCAAGCACAAACGACCACCAGGUCUGGACAUCAGGGCUGAUUUCGACAGAGCGUUUGACAGAGCCUCUGACAAGAUAUCCCCUCGUCACCCGCGAGUGCAGCAGCUGCUCGACAAAGAUGAAGGAUGUCUCCUACCGCUGAUGUCGAAGGCGCCGUUCACUUCACCCCGGGGGCCUAUCUCCCCAAGCUCGGGUGAUGAGGGUGUGGCCUUGCCACUGCGAGCCCAGUCCACAUCCUCGCUGUCUUCCGGGGAGUCCGUGAUACAUGCCGCCACCUGCCCAGCGGAGGAGCCGCAAAACAUGAAGUGGCACUCCGAACACCUCCCGGCCGUGCCAAUCCUCUCUAUCCAGCGUCUCGAGCUCCGACAGGACAGCCGAGCCUCUGCAAACGAGGCACCUGCGUCAGCCAGGAGGCAGACGAGCAAGACAGACGCGUUACAUUAUCCGCGACCUCCAAAGGAGUCGUGGCGAAGUUCGGUGCAGAACGCACUCUCGCGACGUCGAAACUCCGACAUCUCUUCAAUGGUCAGUCGGCCAGAUCCGCCGCAAAUGCGGCGCAGUUCUUUUUUGGGACUUUAG